AUGGCUUCAGCUCUUGCAAUUCCGGUUACAGAGCUAAUGAUUCUGUUCGAUGUUCAACUGCAGGAGUGGGUGACAAAAUCUUCGAAAAACCACGAAUUCGUGCAGUCGGAUAAAGGUAUUCCGGCAUCAGCCUAUUUCCUUCUCGGAUCAUUCUGCUCUGAUGGCGAUAUCCAUGUAGCUUACGCAUCCAAGUGUCCAGUGCAUUCAAGUGCGUUGGAAGAAAAUGCUCCCGAAAAGGCAAAAAUGUUAGAUGACGAUUGGAUGGCAGAUCAUGCGGAAAGGCUGCUCCGAAUGCUCCCUGGUGGCAUCCAUGUCGUCGGUGUAGCUUGGUUCUCAGACAAAGCUACGUUCCAGCAAAGAAAACCCCAUAUUCACAAGACAUUGGGACGGAUUCAGAAGAUGAACAAUCAAAUUACAACUGCAAAUAUCGAUGACUCGAUUUCCGAUCAUUUGAUAACCGUCUUCUUCGAAACUCCUUCCACCACUCCAGUUGGAGCUGUCAUUAAUCUUGCAAAUAGAGGAAUCGAGAGUGUUCAAAAAGUCCAAUUCCAAAAGCUCGAAUGGAUUUCUUUGGUGACAAACGCAUCAGCCCGCAUUGUUCAUAACGUUCCCGUGGAGGUUGGAAAACCAACCGACUUCUACUCCGAUCUGAUGGUUGCAACGAAAAACUUUGUGACCAACUUGUUCCAAUGCGAAUACACACUUCUGGAUGGAGAAAUUCGCGACGACAAGGAACCGUUGAUAAAGGAUAUCAAGAAGAAUAAGAAGACGACUAUUGAGGCUACGCUUUUCUUGAAUCCAUUGGAUAAUCGUGAAGCAGGAGCAACAGACGACAUUGCAUCGAAUAUGCAUGAGGUUCUCUUUGACAUUGAAGUCCGUGCAGCAGUGCCGAUCCGAUCGACAGUGAAGGACGCAAUCCGUGCUAUCAAACAUCAUUUGGUCCGUAAUGUAACUCCACUACGAGUCCAUGGAAGUGGUCGAGGAAGAAAGAUCACCAAAGGCUGGGAUCACAGUUCAUCAACUUCCAAGACCAGCAACCACUGUUCUUUAUACACUCCCGCUAUUCUGAUCAAUGAUUUCCUCUUUGAAGCCGAUAACGUUGAAGACGCGCAAAAGAAUUUCGACGAUAUGAUGGACUUGCAAACGAGCAUUGAGCAUGUUGAUGAAGGAUGGGAACGUGCGUUGACUCCUGAAGAGAUGGAAUCAGUGCGAACACCAAUCGAAGAUCUUCAUUUCGUGGAUUACGAUGGAUCGAGCGAUUCCUGGUGUACUACGAAAACUCUUCUUAUCACAAUUGCCAUGAUUAUCGGAAUUUUAGCUUCUAUCAUUUAUUUCACCGUUGCCCAUUCUUGA